UCUGCACAGAGGAACUGGAUAUGGUUCUGCUUAAACUGCUUAUAUUUACUUUGACUUUUUAUAAUCUCAUUGUUGAUUUGGAAGCCAGGAUUUGCCCAAAAGGUCAAAGAGUGACUGAUGACGGAGCUGGUUGUAUAACCUGUCCUGAUCGAUUUUACCAGCCUGAAGAAAAUGAUUCCCAAAUGUGUAAACCAUGUACAAAGUGUGACCCAAAACAUGGAAGUAUUGUUAAACAAGCGUGCACAAAAGAGACAAACACAAAAUGUCAGUGCCGUGGAGAAUUUGUUGUCUGGGACAAUGAUUAUUCCACUUGCAAAUGCAGCAAAGGAUUUGGACUGCAUAAUAAAGAGUGUUCAAAGUGCGAAGAUGGAUAUUUCAACGAUGAAAUCGACAAGCCCUGUCGAAAAUGGAAAGAAUGUAAAUUAGGAGUGAAUAUUACUGGAACCAAGGUCUCGGAUGUUAUUUGUAAUACGUUUAAGAAUAACCCCGAUAUCACUACACCCUACACCACACGCUCUACAUUUGCCCACUCACAAGAGGAGACCCAAACUCAGGCUACGCGUACAACCACCACCAAAGGCCCUGCAGUCACCACAGUGAAAAAGGUGGAAACUACCACCUUUUCAAAUACAGGCAACCACAUUGGGGUGGCCAUCCUCAUAUUUGGCAUUGCUGGACUGCUCAUUCUGACCGCUGUGACCUGCAAGCUGCACAUCAGGCCUUGUAUGAAGAAAAAAACUGCAGUGCAAAAGGACUCACUGUGUCGGAGGCCAGUGGAGGAGAGCGGCAGUGGCUGUUUGUCCUCCCUCAAACUGAAUGCAGGGGAGCCCUAAGGUGAAACUUUCCAUGACAACUAAUACUGUGAAGUUUUAGACCAGUUAAGCAUCAGAAAAACUAGUUACUAUCUGUAUUGUAGUAGGUGUAUUCACAGUCAGCAGUGUGGUCAACAUUUGACUUUUGUUUGUUCUGUUGUAAUAGAAUAUUGGGUAAAUUAUCUGAAACAUUUGUAUGUAUCAUACCACACUUUUCUAUCGUUUAACUGUAAAUCAGUUUAGAGUUAGGUAGUAAACCAUAACUUACUACUUAAACUGUUAUGCUUUCUUUUGUAGGAUAAUUAUACUCAGAAUAAAUCACUAUGUGUGUAACCUCCGUAUUUAUUACAAAUUAGAGAUGCAGAUGUUGGUAUAAAAGCCUCAACGAUCAUGCCACUAAUAUAGUAUUAUUUUCAAACAAUCACUUAAUCUUGCUAAAGUACACAUACAUACACAUUAUUCCUGCUUUUUUCAAUACUUAUGAUCUUAUACAAUAAGAUGUGCUUUAAUGGAGCAAGUGACAAACAUCUGAGAAAUGCACAGUUUGAAUAGUAUUAUAAAUAUAGUAAUAAUCAAUACUGUUAUGAACUCCUGAAGAGCUGUUGCCUUCACACAGUUGUCCAUCUUUGUCAUGUUUUGCUUUUCAGCUCUGUUCUACCAGUAGUGAAAACAGUAAUAGAUAUGCUAUUAGUGAUAUGUGGGGUUGGGGAAAUUCCGCUUGUGGAGUUAAUGUGCUCUUUUUUCCCCACUGAGAGAUGCCUUCACUCAUGUUUUCAGUUCAACCUUUGGAAAGAUUGGUGUUGUAAAUGUGAGGACUUUGAUGUUGUUUACCUCACAGAAGACUUUCCCCUCAACGGGACAGUCAGAGGAGUUAUGAAAGCAUGCCCUCAUUAGUUUUAUUCAUUUAUGUUUCACUAAGAGAUCAGAUACAAGCCAACGGUAGCUUGGCAUAUACAGUGCCUGGCUGACAUUUAUGUGUAGUAGUAGUAGUUGUAGUAUAGGAGGCACAUGGAAACAGCUGCAGGUUGGGUCCAGCUCAUUUAGCGCCCUCUGGUGAAAAACUUCAAGGAAAACAAAUGAGUUGACAUUUCUUAUUGAAAGACAGAGGUAGGCAAAGUAUUUACAUCCUUUCGUUAAGUAAAAGUACAAAUCCAACAAUGUGAAAGUACUCAAGUAAGUCUUGCAUUUAUAAUGGUAAGAUAAGUGUUAGUUGUAAAAUGUAUUUAAAGUUCCAAAAGUAAAAAUGCUAAUUCUACAGAGAAAAAGAUAUUAUAUUGGUUAGCAGCCUGGAGCCUGUCCUCCUCCAAAGGGUCAGUAGAUUUUGGUGGUGAUGGUGGGUUAAUAAGAUGAUUAAAGGGUAGGAAACAAACAAACAAAAAAAGGGUCUGAUACACAAAUCGGUCUUCUGUUUUUGGCCUUUCCUAUGGUCUUUGAAUUUUUGUGACUGAACAUUAUUUAAAUGAAACAGAGAAGUUUAAAAAUGUCUCUUUGUUGAAACUGCUAACAAGUCACAGACCCCCUGAAAUGUGACAAGGAGACAAGACUAGAUACAGCGUUUACAUUAGUGAUCACAUGACAUGGCAACCACUAUUAUAUUGUUGUAUUUUAUUAAGUUUUAUUUCA